GUUAUGGGAAGGAAAGCUUCAGCAUCUGAACUUUUGCAAUCUCUGGAGAAGCAGUCCUCUGGUUGUAGGGAAUGGAACAAACCACCUCCAGCUGAUGUGACGAAAGAUAGAGAAGGUGCAGGGCAUUGCACAUCCAGUAAGGAACGCGAAUCACUUUUUCAAGAUACAGUAGAACCAUGUCCACUAAGUUCUUCUCUCUUCUAUGGUGGUCAAGAGGACAUGUACGUCAAGUCAUCCGAUGCUCAAAAAAUGGUAUCACAUCCUUGUUACAAGAAGGAAGGAGGAGAAUAUGAUUCUGGUGGAAACAACCAAUAUAGUGCUUCUAGAGGGAAUUGGUGGGAAGGGUCACUUUAUUACUAGAACCUGACCCCGGAGCCCCAAGACAUGUGAAUUCCCAUAUAUUUAUUAGAGGAGUUCGUGAAGUCUUGGGAGCAGGUUGAUUUAGUCUCGUUGAAGACGACUAGUACGGCCAUUUGUUGAUAGAUUCCAAGGUUUUAUUCUGGUUUCUCUUGAUGGUUAUUUGAACCCUAUAUGACAUGGACCUUUUUACUCUUUUUGGCUCAGUGCCUUACAGAGCAGGGACUUUGGCAACUGGUUUAACAUCUUUUUACUCUUUUAACACUUCCUAUGUAAUCGAAUGAUGUAAAUUUCUGAAUAAGUUCUGGAACUAGUACUUUGUAAAUAUACCGUGGAAUGUACUCGUGUUGCCCUCUCUGAAGAUUAGUAUUAGCUAAAUUGA